AUGCCAUCAAGCUUGAAUUUUGAAGAGGAGCUCAGAAAUGAAACGGAAAAAUUCUGUUUAAUUGCUGGAGAUGUGAUGGACGAGCGACCUGCUUACUCAUCUCUUUCUCUCUCAUCAUCAUCAUCAUCAUCAUCAGCAUCAGCAUCAAGAGUUGCAGCUACUGCCAACGGUGUGGCGAUUGGUUUGAAUGAAGAUGUGAUGGUGAUAAAGGAUCGGCUUUGUGGGCUCUCAUCCAAACUCCAAGUUGUACCCAUUUUGGGAAUGGGUGGCAUUGGUAAGACCACUCUGGCUAGAACUGUUUAUGACGAUCCAUUAAUCAUGUAUCAUUUUGAUAUUCGUGUUUGGCUUACAAUAUCACAAGAUUACAAUGCACGGAAAGUUCUUUUAGGUCUUGUAGAUUCGAUGAAAUUGAUAGAAGAACAUAUGUCUAGAUUAGAGAUGGAUGAUGUUUCAAUUUUGGCAGAGAAAGUGUAUAAAAACUUGAAGGGUAGGAGGUAUCUUGUGGUAAUGGAUGAUGUGUGGAGCACAAAGGUUUGGGAUGAUGUAAGGAAUGUAUUUCCGGAUGAUGGUAAUGGAAGUCGAAUCAUGUUAACCACAAGGCUAGCGGAUCUAGCCGUUUAUCCUGAUUCGAGUAGUGCUCCUCAUGAGAUGAGGUUCAUGAAUGAUUCUCAAAGUUGGGAUUUGCUUAAGGGAAAGGUGUUUGCAGACAGCAAUUGCCCACCUGAAUUGGAAGAUGUUGGGAAAAAGAUUGCAAGAAGUUGUGGGGGACUACCCCUUGCUGUUGUCCUGGUUGCUGGAUUCCUGUCUGAAGUUAAUAAGAAUCCAUCUUCUUGGGAGGAAGUUUCCGAAAAUGUAAUAAAUCCAAUUGUUGGUCAAGAGUUGGAGGGGAUACUAUCUUUGAGUUACACUCACUUGCCUCAUCAUUUGAGGCCGUGUUUUCUGUUUAUGGCAAUGUUUCCUGAAGAUGAAAAUAUUCGUGCUUCAAGGCUUAUUAGAUUAUGGUUAGCUGAGGGCUUCUUGAAGCAUCAAAAUGGAUGCAGUAAAAGCUUGGAAGAGGAGGCAGAGGAGUAUUUGGAGGAUCUAGUCAAGAGAAAUCUUGUAAUUGUGACUAGUAAGAAGAGUGAUGGGAAAAUCAAGUGUUGCAGCCUCCAUGAUAUGGUACGAGACUUGUGCAUAAGGAAAGCUCACGAUGAGAAGUUUCUUCGUGUUAUCCAUGGUCGUGUUGUUCCAGAAAGCAUGAUAAAUGAGCGACGCAUCAGUUUGAGCCUUUCUGAUUUUGAUGACAUUUGGUGUCCAACCAUCCAUACCAUGUUAUGCUUCCAACUCCAGAGUUUCUCUAGGUUGCCAGCCUUUCUAAGACGUUUUAGAUCGCUUAGGAUAUUGGAUGCUGUGAGCGAAACUUCUGAAGAGCUCUCGUCCCAAGGUGGCAAAUUUCCUUGGGAAGAUAUGAGUAUUAUUGGUUCAUUGCCUAAUCUGCAAGUGUUGAAGCUAAUAGAUCAAACCUUUGGUGAAACGUGGGAAACAGCUGAUGGAGAAUUUCCUCAGCUGAGAUAUUUGCUAAUUGAGAGAUCAGGUCUCCAGCACUGGAUAACUGAGAGCAGCCACUUUCCAAGACUCAAGUGCCUAGUGCUUCGUUUUUGUCAGGAUUUAAGGGAGAUUCCACAAGGUAUAGGAGAAAUACCGACACUGGAAGUAUUGUAUAUUAAAUAA